AUGGACAUAAGGGGGAAACCCACUCACAAGGCAAUACAGUCCCGCCCUCUGCGAUACCCAAUUGCCCAGCCCGUCACAAACCACCCUCUUGGCCUAGCCGCCCCAAAUCCGCCACCUGACUUGGAAUUUGAGCUUUCUUCGGCGUCCGAGUACACACCCUGGGGACAACUAGAUUGGAACCAACUCUCUGAUAAACAAAGGGUCCACACGGUCGAAAAGGCAGCAGCCGCCAGAAUUUACCUGGAGACCUACUUCGAGAAUGCUUUGAGUAGUCGUCCCACACCACGUGAACAACUCGAGGAUCGGACUUGGAAAACCUCGAGACCCUGCAAAUCCUCGGAAAAGGGAGCUUCGGAGUUGUCAAGCUUGUGUGGGACCGAUGCCGACGACAGGGUGGUGCCCCUGAUAUCCAGUUUCCAGGAUCCAGUGAAUCUUUACCUCCUCAUGGACUACAUGCCGGGCGGAGACUUUCUUGGUCUUCUGAUUCGCGAAAACAUCUUGACCGAGUCUAGAACUCGAUUCUACAUCGCCGAGAUGAUACUUUGCGUCGAAGAGGCCCAUAGGCUUGGAUGCAUCCACCGAGAUGUCAAACCAGACAACUUCCUCAUCGGGGCCGACGGUCACCUGAAAAUCUCGGAUUUCGGGCUGGCUUUUGACGACCAUUGGUCCCAUGACACCUCCUACUACAAGUGGCAGCGACAGUCAAUUCUGGCCCUAACAGGUGUUACGCUCGACGGUGAUGGCGAGGAUCAAAAAGCCGCCCGCGAUGGUGGACGGACGAGGCGACGAUCAUCUCGAGAAGGGUCGUCCAAGCACUAUCCCCCGUCAGAAUUGCUCCGAACCAAGUUUGAUGGGCUUGAAUGUCCGUUCAAUGUCGUCGAAACAAACGCAGACGAGAUUGUAAAAGUCGACCAGCUGCUUGGUUGGCGAACAACAGAGACACGCCGAUCCUCGGCCCGCUCCAUUGUUGGCACAAGCCAGUAUAUGGCUCCAGAGGUGUGGAGUAUCGGAAUCAUCCUUUACGAGUGCCUAUAUGGGCACACGCCGUUUCUCUCGGAGAAGGGUCGUCACUAUACCAAACAGAACAUCCUCGAUUAUCGGAAAAGCUUGGUGUUUCCUAUUGAUGGACCUCCAGUCUCGAGAGUAUGCCGGCAGUUGAUCAAGGACCUGCUCCAGGACAAGGACAGCCGUCUCUCUUCACCCGAGUAUCGCAACCAAGAUGCUCGACGAAGUUGGGAGAAGCUUCAGGGCUACAAGAGUGUACCGAGUCAAUACGUUUUCAAUAAUGACGCAUCCGAGAUCAAGGCCCACCCGUGGUUUCGGGGCGUUCCUUGGGAAGCAAUACGCUCCAGUCGACCAGAGUGGAUACCACAUAUUCAAAGCUACGCUGACUCUCACUACUUUGAAGAAGAUGAGCCGAUCAGCGACUGGUCUGACUCAAUGGAUUCCGAGAUAGUGGAGGGGUCGGAGAACCUGGACGAUCUCCGUCUUAGGUUUCUACAGUACGACUUUGAAGACGAUGUGAGGUGUCUGACCACUGAGUUCAUCUCCAAACCCCAUGACUCAUCCAAAUUGAAACGAUUCGAUCGCGACAUUGACGACCAUGCCUUUCUGGAAGAUGUCGAAAAGGCCUUUCUCAAAUGGUACGUCAGAAGAGUCGGACGAAGAGAAUGCAAGCGCCCAAGAGACAAGCUGCUGCGGGACCGUUGGGUCAAGGAGGACGUUCUUCAGAUGAGGAAGCGAACAGCUUUUCUAGGUUAUUCGUGGCGACGCAAAGACAUGGCCAGUCGCAGGCCUGUUGGAACAGUCUACCCUACAAAUUCUUGA